GCAAUUUGAAUUUGGUUAUUCCGCUUUUUCAUCACAUUUCAGCAGUGUGAUGCUGCGGACCGAGUUGAAUAUGGCGCGCACUACUUUCAAACUAGCUAUAGUGGAGGCUUUGGAUGAUCUGAAUGAAGAGGAUUAUCUGAGGUUUUGUGACCAGCUGAGGGACCGUAGAGAGAAGCCGCGGGUCAGCCGCAACGCCGUGGAGGGGAAGAGACGAUGGGAGGUCGCGGACGUCCUGGUUUCAACCUUCACAGGGUGCAAAGCUGUGCAGGUGACUCUGGAUUUACUGAGGCAGCUCAACCUCAACGAGGAGGCAGAGGAACUGGAUUUAAAGACCAAAGCCUCUGCUGAUAACGGUGCCCCGACCCUCCGUAAAACAUUCACGGGAGAGUUGGAGCUGAAGCCCUCACAGGAGGCUCUGAAACAUGGAGGCCCUCAGGUGACGAGGCAAAAAGAGGUGGAGGCUGCAGCAAAGGGCGGCGACCCCUGCGAUGACCGGGUUCUUCUUAGCAGGUGUAUAGUUCCGUUCGGCAAGUAUAAAGGUCAAACCUUUAAAUGGCUGCUAGAGAAUGAUGUGAGCUACGUUGUCUACCUGAUUGCCAGCCACCAGGCGGAGAAAAAGAAAGACCCGCGGACGGCCAACAAGGAUUCACUGUUGAAAUAUGCAAUGGCUUACCCUGAGGUUAUGGAAAAAGUCAGAAUUCACUGCGAGAAAGCCAAAGAGAGAUCCCUCCAGCCAGGCCGAGAAGGAGCAGCUCUUGUUGGGUUUGGUGCUCACAGAUUGAUGACACUACAAGAGCUGUACGAGUCCAAAGACUCCAAUAAAAUGGGGUACGUCAACUUCCUCAGGACCAUGGAGUCAACCUGCACCCAAGGGUCCAGGAUGGACACCGCUGUCUGGUACAUUCUGCAGCGUGACCAAGAGCAAGCCACAGCUGCAACAAUCAGGCAAACCACUACCUCUAUUCCCCAAGAGGCCUUCAAGAGAUGGACCAGAACUAAACCAACACACCGGGGACCAGCCCCUGAGGACCUAGGUGUCCGAAGGCAGACAUUCAAAAGAAGACAAAGAAAACUUUGAUUACGGAACAAGAAAUGGUCUUGAGAUCAAAACAAAAACCUGACAAAUAAAUUCUGAAAAAAGCUUAAAUAAAAAAUAUGAGAAAAAAAAAUCUCUUGCUUAAGAGACAUUCAUGGGAGAAUUUUUAACUGCUUCGGGAAGGGGUCAUUACAGACAGUUCUUAAGAUAACAUCCCUUAGAAAUGUAUGUUGACUUUGAUUUGUACUCAUUCUCUAUGAGCGGAGAUAAGUUCAUCCGCCAGCUGCAGAUCAGGGGAAUAGGUUAUAAUUAUCAGCCAAUCAUAACGCUUUGUCUUAUUUUACAUACAUUGUCAUUGCUGUUUGUUUAUUAAAGGCGGUUAACAGAA